AUAUAUUUUCUUCGCUUAUAAUUGGCACUCUUGUUUUCAGACAUGUAUGGUGUGUCUCUGUGGAAUACUUUGUGCUUUGAUGAUGAGCUUUAUUGCUACUCCACAAGGAGAGAAAGUAAUGUUUAGUGUGUGGGUUUUUCUAAUUUUCUUUACAUUUUCUGGAUUAUUUGUACUGUUCCCAACAACAACAGCACAGACAUUUGGCCCUAUGCAUGCAGGAACCAACUACGGUUUGAUUUUCACUGCACCUGCCCUUUCAUCUUUACUUGGAGCUUUUAUUAUUGAAAAAGUACAAAACAGUCUUGGCUGGUUUGGAACCUUUUCUUUUAUAGGUGGAAUGAGUUUAACAGCACUAUUCAUCACUCUCUUCUAUCCACAAAAUCCUGAAAUUGUGCGUCACCGUCAUCACACAUAGGUUACUGGGACCAAAAGCAACGAAAAAGAUAGAAGAAAUGGAUAAUAUUCAUUUUAUUUUUACAUAUUGUGUAAUAUAGAUUACUUUAUUAUUAAUUCUUGUGUUUUGGAGUAUUAUAAUUACAUGGAGAAAAUUGAUUGGUGAAGUAUACUUAAUGUUAUUCUUGUGAAUUAAUUCUAUAUUUAUAAUUCAUAUAUGCAAUUAUAAGAUGAUCUGGUUUUUGUUUUUACCAUUUUGAUAUUAAAUAGAUAUAUCUGUUAUUUUUAGAGAAAUUAUGCAUAGAAAUUUAUAUUUUUGAGCUGUAAUCAAAUUAACAUGUGAGUUGUGAUAAUACCACAAGUUUAAAUACUUGUAUUGUUGUAAAUAUUUUGGGUAGUAUAUUGGAAACAGUUUUAUUAUUUUUUGAAAUGUUUUAGAAACUACAUGAAAAGAUUUUUGUACGAUGUAUUGCAGGGUGUUUUCCUACAUGUUUAGAAAAUCUAAUUGUAUGGAACUGGAAUUUGUUUUGUGAAAAAA